AUGACAUUCUCUAUCCUUUUGGCUUUCUUUAUCUCACUCACUCCCACUCCUCUCUCUCUCUUUCUCUCUCUCUCUCUCUCUCUCUCUAUCUAUCUAUCUAUCUAUCUAUCUAUCUCUUUCUUUCAUCCUUAUAUCUCUUUUCUUUUUCUUCUUCUUCUUUUUCUUUUAAUGUUCUUCUGUUCCACCCUUCCACCCCUUCUCUCUUUCUCUCUCACUCUCUCUUACUCAUCUCUCUCUCUCUCUUCUCUUUCUUUUAAUCCCUCUCUGUUUCACUCUUCCACCCCUUCCCUAUUCCUCUCUCUCUCUCUCUCUCCUACACAUCUUCUCCCGCUGUUUAGCAUCCUCUUUAUCUCUCUCUCGCUCUCAGUCUUCUCUUUUUUUAAUCUCUCUUCCACUUUUCCAUCCAUCCAUUCUCUCUUCUUCUCUCUUUCUUUCUCUCUUCUAUUCAUCUUCUCCCACUUUUUAUCAGUCUCUUUAGCUCUCUCUCUCUCUCUCUCUCUCUAUCUAUCUCUCUCUUUCUUCACUUUUUUAAUCUUCUACUGUUCCACCCUUCCAUUCCUUCUCUCUCUCUCUCUCUCUCUCUCUCUCUCUAUAUUCUCUCUCCUGCUCUUUAUCUGUCCCUUUUUUCUCUCUCUCUCUCUUCUACUCAUCUUCUCCCCUCUCUAUCUGUCCUUUUUCUCUCUCUCUCUCAUCUUCUCCCGCUCUCUAUCUGUCCCUUUUUCUCUCUCUCUCUCUUCUACUCAUCUUCUCCCGCUCUCUAUCUGUCCCUUUUUUCUCUCUCUCUCUCUUCUACUCAUCUUCUCCCGCUCUCUAUCUGUCCCUUUUUUUCUCUCUCUCUCCCCUACUCAUCUUCUCCCGCUCUCUAUCUGUCCCUUUUUUUCUCUCUCUCUCCCCUACUCAUCUUCUCCCCCUCUUUAUCUGUCCCUUUUUUCUCUCUCCUCUCCCCACUCAUCUUCUCCCGCUCUCUAUCUGUCCUUUUUUUUUUUUCUCUCUCCCUACUCAUCUUCUCCCCCCUCUUUAUCUGUCCCUUUUUUUUCUCUCUCUCUCUUCUACUAG